CCUGAAAUCAGCACUAACACAAUGAAUUCAGAAGCAUCUUUUACCGGCUAUAAUACUGGAUUCCAGGUCGGUCAGAAUCCUGGGCAGAUCAACAGUCAAUUUUACUACAACUAUUACAACCAACCUGAUGAUUCAAAGGCUAUUGAUCCCGAGCUUGAUAAGCAGCGAAUUGAAAAAGAGAAGGGUGGGCUUCUUCGGGACUCAUACUGCUGGGUGCUCAAGCAUGAUAAUUUCAAACGAUGGAGAGAUGCUGCUGUCGCACAGAUGCUCUGGAUCAAAGGUGAUCCUGGCAAGGGAAAGACAAUGUUGAUAUGCGGCAUCAUCGAUGAGCUUUCGAAGACAGCUAUUUACGAAAAUAUUAAUAUUGCCUACGUUUUCUGCCAAGCCACCAACAAUCGGAUUAACAGUGCUACAGCGGUUCUAAAAGGACUCAUGCUUAUGCUUGGUAGACACCAGCCUUCGCUUCAGGCCCACAUUCCUACAAGGUUCCUUGACAACGAAAAUGGCUGGUUUCAGCUAUACAACGCCUUCCGGAAGAUACUCCAAGACCCGACGCUGAAAAGUACUUAUCUCAUGAUUGAUGCACUGGACGAGUGUACUAUUGAUCGAAAUAGACUUCUUGAGAUUCUUGAGGAAUAUUCAUCAGGAUCUUCACAUGUGAAAUGGAUUGUUUCGAGUCGAAACUGGCCGAGUAUCGAGAGAUAUCUUAACAAUACAACGGGAAUUAGGCUCCAGCUUGAGUUGAACGAAGAUAAUCUAGCUGCUGCUGUCGAAUCCUUUAUCAAGUAUAAAGUUGAGGAACUAACGAAGAGAAACAAAUACAACCUGGAAAAGAGAAAGAUGGUGGAAAAUCACUUACAAUCAAAUGCAAAAGGAACCUUUCUCUGGGUGGCCUUGGUUUGCAAGCAACUGGAUGAUAUCUCGCCAAGACAUCUGCAAAAGAAGCUUAAAGAUUUUCCUCCUGGGCUUCAUGAAUUUUACUGUCGAAUGUUCAACAAUAUCCAGGAUGUGAACGAUGAUACUGAGCUAUGUCUGUCUUUGCUCGGAAUUGUUACAACUGUUUAUCGCCCCAUAACCCUGGACGAGUUAUCGUUAAUUCUGGAAUUACAGGAAAAGCUCACCAGCGAAGAUCUCCAAGAGAUUGUUAAACUAUGUGGCUCCUUUAUUACUCUUCAAAAUUGCACAAUCAAGUUGGUUCAUCAAUCCGCACAAGACUUUCUUCUGGAAUACGCACCUCGGGAUAUAGCUCCUAAAGGGAUACAAUAUAUCCACUAUUCCAUCUUUUCGAAGUCUUUGGAAAGUGUGCAUACGCACUUGGAAAGGGAUAUAUACAAUCUCAAAGAUCAUACACUUUCUAUAAGUGAAGUCAGGCAGCCAGACCCAGAUCCACUAGCUACAAUGCAGUAUGCAUGUAGGUACUGGGUGGAUCAUCUCAUUGACUACUUCAACAUUGAAGAGACAACUGAAGAGCUACCGGAAACUAAUAUACUUAAUUCUUUCCUGUGCCAGGACUUUCUUCACUGGCUUGAAGCUCUUAGCCUAUCAGGAGGCAUAUCAGAAGGAGCGAAGUCGAUACUUAAGCUUGAAGGUUCGUUAAAGACAAGAACAGCAGAUGGAAAAUUCAUCCACAGGGUUCAAGAUGCGUAUCGAUUUAUCAUAUAUCACAGGGUAAUGCUAGAGCAGUAUCCACUUCAAGUAUACACCUCAGCAAUAUUUUUCAGCCCCCAGAGCAGCAUCACAAAGAUUCAGUAUAUGUCUGCGGAACUAGCAUGGAUAAGUGGAGCACGUGUUGUGGAAGAAAGCUGGGGCGCGUGCCUGCAGACACUUGAGGGUCACCAUAACUGGGUCACCUCAGUGGUUUUCUCGCAUGACUCCACGCGGCUCGCCUCGGCAUCCAACGACAAGACUAUCAAGCUGUGGGACUCCAGCAGCGGCGCGUGCCUACAAACCCUGGAGGGUCAUAAUAAUUGGGUCUACUCGGUGGUCUUUUCACAUGACUCGAAGCAAAUUGCCUCCGCUUCCAGCGAUGAGACUAUUAAGCUGUGGGACUCCAGCAGCGGCACAUGUCUGCAGAUCCUAAAGGGUCAUAAUAACUCAGUCACCUCGGUGGCCUUUUCUCCUGACUCUAUACAGCUCGCCUCCGCGUCCGAUGAUAAGACGGUUAAGCUGUGGGACGUCAGCAGCGGCGCGUGCCUACAUACCCUGGAGGGUCAUGAUAACUGGGUCACCUCAGUGGUCUUUUCACAUAACUCUAAGCAGCUCGCCUCCGCUUCUAGCGAUAAGACUAUUAAGCUGUGGGACGUUAGCAGCCGCGUGUGCCUUCAGACCCUAGAGGGUCACAAUAAAUCGGUCCGCUCAGUGGUCUUCUCUCCUGACUCCACACAGCUCGCCUCUGCGUCCGACGAUAAGACUGUGAAGCUGUGGGACGUCAGCAGCGGUGCAUGCCUGCAGACACUGGAGAGUCAUCAUGGGGCGGUCUGCUCGGUGGUUUUUUCGUAUGACGCCACGCGGCUCGCCUCCGCGUCGGAUGACAAGACUGUCAAGCUCUGGGACGUCAGCAGCGGCGCGUGCUUGCAGACCCUGGAGGGUCAUGAUAAUUUGGUCCGCUCAGUUUCCUUCUCGCAUGACUGCAAGCAGCUCGCCUCCGCAUCUGAAGACAAAACCGUCAAGCUGUGGGACGCCAGCAGCGGCGCGUGCCUGCCGUCUCCGCAAGCUCUGGAAGAUCAUAGUAACUCGAUCCGCUCGGUGGUCUUCUCGCAUGACUUCACGCGGCUUGCCUCCGCGUCUUGGGACAAGACUGUCAAGCUGUGGGACGCCAGCAGUGGUUUGUGCCUGCAUACCCUAGAGGGUCACAAUAACUGGGUUAUCUUAGUAGUCUUCUCGCAUGACUCCACACAGCUCGCCUCGGCUUCUAGCGAUAAGACUAUCAAGCUGUGGGACUCGAGUAGCGGCACGUGCUUGCAGACCCUGAAGGGUCAUGCUAACUGGAUCCGCUCAGUGGUAUUCUCAUAUAACUCUACACAGCUAGCCUCCGCUUCCGAUGAUAAGACUGUCAAGCUGUGGGACGCCAGCAGCGGCGCGUGCCUGCAGACCUGUGGGACGCCAGCAGCGGCGCGUGCCUGCAGACACUAGAAGGUCAUCAUAACCCGGUGUGCUCGGUGGUUUUUUCGUAUGACGCCACGCAGCUCGCCUCCGCGUCCGAUGACAAGACCGUCAAGCUGUGGGACGCCAGCAGCGGUGCGUGUCUGCAGACUUUGAAGGGUUGUGGUACUCGCAUUAUAAAAUUCGAUAUCAUAAACUCAUAUGUUCAAACUAAUCAAGGUGAUUUUACCUUGUCUAUCGUCGAAAAUUCAGGAACCUCUCAAACAGGCACAAAAGGACCAUACUCAGAAGGAUUCGGUCUGAGUUCCGACGAAACCUGGAUCACAUGGAAGUCGGUGAAUUUGUUGAAGUUGCCAUUCAUACAUCGGGUUUCAACCUUUGCUUCGGCACAAUCGACUAUUUGCAUCGGUUUCAAAUCAGGACGAUGUUGCAUACUAAAG